GUUAAUUAAUGAAUUUCAUGAGGUGAGAUGGAGUGCCAGUUUUGGGCAGUCCCCAUCAGCACCUGCUGUACCACAGACCCAGUCUCAGUGUAACACUGAAGAGGCCUACCUGGAAAGUUUGUCCUGUCUCUAAGGGACACUGUGUAAUACCACAGACAAGGCCUAGGGUUAAGAGAUUUGUGGACAGAAAGAAUGUCUAUGAGGCUGGACUUAGACUCUGUGGAGGGUUCAUGUCACCUGACUGUCCUGAUGCUUCCCACUCUGAUUUAUUUCCCUCCAACAGAGCCAGCCACCUCAGCAACUGUAUUUCCUGGUAGCGUUUGUACUUUGUUACCUCAAAUGAGCUCUUGGAGUGAACAGGAGUUAGAAAGCUCCGAGUACAGCUCCUCAGACAAGGAGAGUUUCCACUCAAAAUAUGUGGUUUUGGAGACGAUCGGCCAUGGAGGCCACGCCAAAGUGAAGCUGGCCCAUCACCGCCUCACAGGCACCCUUGUGGCUGUCAAAAUGAUUCACAAGAGGGAGCACUGGUGCCAUCCGGUCGUGUCUGAAGUAGAGAUACUAAUGAUGACCAACCACCCCAAUAUCAUCUCUCUUCUUCAAGUCCAAGAGACCGAGAAGAGAAUAUACCUCAUCAUGGAGAUGUGUGAGGGUAAAUCACUUUACCAACAUAUCCAAGAGGCUGGCCACCUGCAGGAGGCUGAAGCACAGACAAUAUUCAAACAAAUAUUAAGUGCUGUGGGCUACUGCCAUAAUCAGGGUAUAGUUCACAGGGACUUAAAACCAGACAACAUAAUGAUAGAAAGGAAUGGCAGAGUCAAUGUCUUCGACUUUGGUCUCUGCACACAAGUGAGGCCGAAGCAAAAGCUGAGCUCUCCUUGUGGAACUUAUGUAUUUGGUGCUCCUGAGCUCCACCUCAGCAGACUCUAUGAUGGCCCCAAGACCGACGUAUGGACCCUAGGAGUUGUGUUAUAUUUUAUGAUAACUGGAAAGAUCCCAUUUGAUGCUGUCAACAUACCACAGCUGCGAAAACAGAUUGUAUCAGGAAAGUAUCCUGUCCCCUCUAGCCUUUCAAUAGAGCUCCAGGACCUGCUUAGUCUCUUAAUGAGAGUUAACCCCGUAUUUAGGUCGACCGUCGCUGAAGUGAUGAGGCAUCCCUAGUUUGAGGAAGACGCAGAAGGGUUCUCAGAUCCUUGUGAGGAACUGAUUCCCCUCAGGCCAGACCAUACCAUUGUAAAAGCAAUGAGAUAUAUUGGGUUCCAGGCCCAAGACAUUAAAGAUUUGUUACAUCAGAGGAAAUACAAUGAAACGAUGGCAUCUUGUUGCUUGCUGAAGGGGCAGGCUCUUCAGGAGUGUGACAUCUCAACCCGGGCUCAGCCCUUGAAUCCAUUGAUGACCCAAUUCCCUUCCCUUGUUGAUCGUGCUACUUUCCCUCUGGGACUAUGGAGCAGAGAAAGUGAACCCACUUCGCUCGGGUCAUCCUCCAAUUGUCAAGUGUCUGUCUAUGUCCAGAAGGCUAAUAAGAGAAAAGAAAAAAGAAUCACUUGGCCUGAUUUUCUUCUCUGCAGGCCACUCCAGACAACACCAACAAUGGGCCGUGCCCACAUAUUUUCUACCAGUGUCCCCUGCAUUUACUCAAUGUCCUGCAGGGAAGAGGCUAGCAGCAGCAAUGAGAGCAGAGAAGACAACUCCAGAGCCUCAGCAGAGGAUAAGCCUGUCCCCAGCAGGGGCCGGCCCAGAGGCAUCAAGGGAUGGGCCAAAAGGAUAAGAAAUACCAUGAGGAAGCUGUUUUGCUGGAUUCUAUCAAUGAGUAAAUCUCACCUAGGGCAGAACAGAGUCUCCUUCCCCACUGAUAUAAAACACGGGGAGGGCGUCUGGAGAACAAGCAUGUGGCACGGCCCAGAUACUUUUCAGUAUUUGAAUGUAUCUAUUUUACUCAUGUCUGUGUCAACUGGCAGAUUAUACUUAUGCAUAUGUAUGUGGUACAAUACAUGGGGAAGCUAGGUCUAGACACUGUGGGACGAUGGUUAAAUCAAACCAACCAACAGAUCUAGCAUCCCAGAAGGUAUCUCCCAUGUAUAUCUUGCACAGAUAUACAGCAGGAGGGUACUGACCAUGCUAGGAGGAGGAAAUGGGAGAAGGAAGAGGAAGAGAUGUUGAGGGAGAAAAGUGUGUUAGUGGUUGGGAACUAGGAGAUAGGGGGAAGAGGUUCAGACAGGAAGAGGCAGCUUGGGGAGCAGUGAGGAACCGUGUAACCACAGCUGGAGAGAUGCCCUGUGCAGCUGAGGUUCUCAGAAUCCCUCUCACAUGUGUUGUUGCAUUUUAGAAGAUCACCAGAAGAUGCCGGAUGCUAUAGUUCCACAGUCACAGUGUUGGAGAGGACCCAUGUGUAGACACAGACCAGCAGGAGGGAGCCUUGAGGAAAGCCAUCAUGUUCCAGGUCCAUUAUGCAUUGCAUAGAGCCUCCAGUCCAGUCAGGAGGAAGAAAGCAAAUGAUGAAAUGCCAGGUGGCCAGAGGCCACCUCAAAGGUAUCACUAUUGAGAGCAGGGGCUGAAAGCCUGUCCAAAGCUGGUAGAGACAGAAGCCCCUCUGCCUACCCAGGGUCACAUUAGACCCCUCCUCUCGGUUCACAUUCCCACCUCUUAGUAGAAGAUGUAUGGUUUCUGCAUGUCUUUGUCAUGACUCUGAGAAUAAAAGAGAUGUUUGUGAAAGAUAAA